UGUCAUUUUUGUUGAAAAUAAAUAAAGAUUUCUUCUUUUUAGUUUUUAACUAUUUUACUAAGUAAUUUUAACAAUCAUCAUAAAUGAAGCUUUACAAGCCUAAUUGGGUAAAUCACGAUGAUAAGUCGAUAUUUUCUGUGGAUAUUCAUCCAGCGGGGAAGCGUUUUGCAACAGGAGGCCAGGGCCUGGACUCUGGCAGGGUCGUUGUUUGGAAUUUAAAUGCAGUUUUGUAUGAAGAAGUGGAAUUGGACCCCAAUGUUCCAAAGAUGCUUUGUCAAAUGGAUAACCACUUGGCCUGUGUAAAUUGCGUGCGUUGGAGCAAUGGUGGUAGAUACCUAGCAUCUGGAGGUGAUGAUGGUCUGGUCAUGAUAUGGGGCCUUAGUGUGGCAGUGGGUGCUGGGAAGCACAAGGCAGAGACUUGGCGGUGCUUGUCAACAUUGAGAGGACAUGGAGGUGACGUCUUAGACCUGGCGUGGUCACCACUCGACAAAUGGUUGGCCAGUUGCAGUGUGGACAACUCAGUGAUAAUUUGGAAUGCGGAAAAGUUUCCGGAGAUGGUGUGCGUGCUGAAUGGGCAUAAUGGUCUGGUGAAAGGUGUGGCUUGGGACCCUGUUGGUAAAUAUUUAGCAUCACAAUCAGAUGACAAGUCAUUGAGAGUAUGGAAGACUUCAGAUUGGACGCAAGAGAAAGUCAUCACAGAUCCAUUUGAAGAGUGUGGAGGCACAACCCACAUCCUCCGUCUCUCCUGGUCCCCCGAUGGCCAAUACGUGCUAUCAGCUCACGCGAUGAACGGAGGAGGUCCAACCGCUCAAGUGGUGGAGCGAGAGGGCUGGAGGUGCGAUAAGGAUUUUGUUGGACACAGGAAGGCUGUUACUUGUGCGCGUUUCAACAGCAACAUAUUCGUAAAAGAAGGCAAAAAAUGUUGUUGUGCUGCCGUUGGUUCUCGGGACAGGGCCCUCUCGAUCUGGCUGACCUCACUCAAGCGACCCCUGGUGGUUGUGCAUGAGUUGUUCAGUGAUAGUGUACUGGAUAUGUCCUGGAGUUCUGAUGGACUAAACCUGUUAGCAUGCAGUUCAGAUGGAACGGUUGCAUGCAUUCAAUUCACUAACAAGGAGAUUGGUACACCACUUACACUUGAAGAAAAAAAUGCCCUCUACGAAAAGAUAUACGGUAAGUGUCCAGCAAAUGACAGUAGUGGUGAUCUAUCCUCGAACCUUCUCGUCGAGUGUCCAGAGAUACUCUUGGCAAGGGAGAAACAGGAAGCUAAAAAGGAACUGCCGAAAGAGGAAUCUACGCCUAAAAGUGAAAAAUCUCAACAAAAGAUAUACACGCCGUCACCCGUAUCGACCCAGUCUAGCCCAGCGCCAGUCCGUCCGAUGGACCGGCAGAUAGAGACGCGCACGUCGGACGGCAAGCGGCGGAUCACGCCCGUGUUCAUCCCGCUCACACAUGCGGACGCCAACGAAUCCCUAGGAUCUCAACCGGGCGGUCUAGAGAACUGCUUCAGUACAUCUUCUCAAAGCAAAUCUCGUAUUCGAGUGGAAAGAAGAGAUGAUAUCGUGAUACACCCUAAUGUAAGCAACCAUGCGCACAGCAAGACUAGUGAUAAUUUCCCGGCCAGCGCGCUGGACCAACGCCUGCGCAAGCGCACAGCAUCCACAUUACCCGGGCCAAAAGCGGAAGAUCUACAAACUAAGAGACCCUGCCCUUCGCCCCCGCCGGGACAGUCCCAAACGAGUUAUUUGGUCCCAGCACUAUCUGUCCCCGCUUUGGGGACUGCGGGGCCAAUUGUUAGAGCGGCUGGCGUGUUGAGGUUACAGGUAGUAAAUAAAGCAUGCAACACACCGUACGGGAAGCUCUCAAGGCUUGAGUUGAUCCCAAAUAAUUCCGCCUCGAAUGAUCCUGUUUGGGAAACAUAUUUAGGUGCGGCAGUGUCGUGCAUAGCGUGCGACGCGCGCUGGGUGUGCGUGUGCUGCGCGGACGGAGCGCUGCACGUGUGGAGACUCGCUAGACCCAAGCCGCACAGGGCCCUGCCGCCGCUGGCACUGCUGUCACCCGCGCACAAGAUGACGCUCUCAGGUGACACGUUGACCGUGGUGACGUCAUCAGCAGACCUCGCUAUAUGGGACCUGCCCACAGCCACGUGUACAAUACAACCGUUGUCUUUUAGGAAUUUGUUGGCGAAUAAUACAACUGUAACACACUGUUCUCUCUUGGAAGAUGGCAACCCAAUGAUCUCAUUUAACACUGGCAAAAGUUACAUAUAUUGUAAGAAGUUAUGCGCUUGGGUGAUAUGGCAAGAUGGCGGCGACCCAGUACGUCGUGCGGGCGGUGCGGGGGGCUCCGGCAAGGGACUGCGGGUGGCUUCGCCCCUUCAUGCUAAUAGGGCUCCGCAUGCUUUGCGGACACACGGUAAAUACAGCGCCUGCGCAGCCCGCAGUUGGCUAGAAGCGCAAGUGUCGUCGAGUCUGCAUCUGCGACUGAGCAAGGACUAUAGACACUGGAUAGUUGCGCUUUUCUCUCAUCUAGUGGCACAUGGUACAGAAGAUCACCUCCGUUGUAUAUUAGAUGACAUGUUGGGGCCAAGUCACUGCACAUCGCUGCCUAAGAAAUGGGAGUCUACUAUUUUGGAUAUCAAAAAGCACGAUCUCCUCGAAGAAAUGUUAGCAUUAUUAGUUCGACAGUUAAGAUGGCAGCGUCUGUACACAGAAUAUUCAGACCAAUUGAACGAAAUUAAACAGACAAACGGUUUGCUCAACGGACACUAAAUAGCAGUAUUAUUUUAUUACUAUUAUACAGGGUGUAAUCGUUAAGUGUGCACAGACGGUUAUUUCAUAACUAUUGCAGGUAUCAAAA